UUAGAAAGUGGUACAAAAUUAAUUCAUAUAUAAAAGAUGCCUGGUUACCUCGAAAAACUUGAAAUUAUAAACUUUAAAUCGUAUAAAGGAAAGCAUUUGAUUGGGUUUUCUAAAUUUUCCGCUAUUAUUGGACCAAAUGGAUGUGGAAAGUCAAACAUGAUGGAUGCUAUAAGUUUUGUUCUUGGGGAAAAAACUUCUAAUUUGAGGGUGAAGUCAGUUAAGGAACUUAUUCAUGGAGCACCCAUUAAGCAACCUGUAGCAACAACAGCACAAGUGUCAGCACACUACAUUGAUUACAACAAAGAUGGAGAAAAGCAGGAGACCAUUUUUUGUAGAAGAAUUGUUGGUUCUGGUACAGAAUAUCGUAUAAAUGGGAAAUUGGUUGCAAAUAAAGAAUAUCACAGCGCACUUGAGGAUAUUGGAAUUCUAAUUAAAGCUAAAAAUUUUCUUGUUUUUCAGGGAGCAGUGGAAUCAAUUGCAAUGAAAACACCAAAAGAAAGAACAGCUAUGUUUGAAAAAAUUAGUGGGUCUGGUGAAUUGAUUGAAGAGUAUGAUAAGAAGAAGCAAGAAAUGCUAACAGCAGAAGAAGAUACAACUUUUUCUUUAAACAAAAAAAAGGGCAUUAAUGCAGAGCGAAAAGAAGCGAGAGCUGAAAAAGAGGAAGCUGAAAAAUAUAAAAAAUUAACACAAGACUUAUUUGAUGCAAAGCUUCAAGCUCAACUCUUUAAGCUAUAUUAUGCUGAACAGGAUUUAAAAAAUUUUGAAGUUGAACUAAAAGAACACAACAACGAGUUAGAGAAAAUUAAAUCACGCAAAGUUACUGUUGAAACUCAAUUGAAAUUAAAGAAAAGUGAAGGCGGAAAAUUUUCAAGAGAAAUUGCUCUUAAAGAUAAAGAUAUUUCAGAAAAAGAAGCAGAGAUAAGCAAGAAGCAACCAUUGUAUUUAAAAGCAAAGCAAGUGACUCAACAUGAGAUAAAGAAAAUGGAGGAUGCUAAUAACGCGUAUAACAAACAUAAGAAGAAUGCAGAUAAACAAAAGGACGAGAUAAAAGAUUUGGAAAAGUCUCUUAUUGAAAUUCAAAAAUUAGCUAAAGCAUAUGAACAAGAAAUUGGAGAAAGUCAGGGCCAGAGCUUACAUCUUAUUGGUUCUCAGAUGGCUGAGUACAAUCAGUUAAAAGAAAUGGCUGGAAAAGAAACAAGCGAAGUGCAAACUAGACUUGACAAAAUAAAUCGAGAACAGAAAGGAGACAUUGCAAAUUUGCAUCAAUUAAAUCAACGUAAACUUAAUCUCGAAUCUAGAUUAAAAGAACUCAAAGAAGAACGUGCUCAGCUGCACCAACGUGUUAAAGACUCUUGUGAUUAUAUUGCAGCUAAUGAAGCAAAGUUAAGUGAACUUAAUGACCAACACAACAUACUCAAUAAAAAUGUCAACGAAGCAAAUGAGCGUUAUAACCAGAAAUGUUCUCUGUUAGAAGGAGUGGAGCUUGAAUUAGGAGAAGCAAAGGCUGAUAAGAAUGAAGAUGCAAGAUCACAAGAAAGAGCAGAAACUGUUAAGAAACUUAAAGAGUUGUAUCCUGGGGUUUAUGGAAGGCUUGUUGAUCUUUGUGAACCUGUCCAUAAAAGAUAUGCUAUAGCAAUAACAAAAGUGCUUGGUAAAUAUAUGGAUGGCAUAGUUGUUGAUACUGAAAAAACUGGAAGAGAGUGUGUUCAGUACAUGAAAGAACAGAGUUUGCCUAGAGAGACAUUUAUGCCUCUUGAUACAUUGAAAAUCAAGUCAACAAAUGAACAGCUUCGUGAAAUUGGGGGCUCUGCAAAACUUGUAAUUGACAUUAUCAAAUAUGAUCCUUCUUGCAUAAAGAAAGCCUUACAGUUUUCUUGUGGAAACUCUCUGGUUUGUGACACAGCUGAAGAAGCACGCCAAGUGGCGUUCCGUGGUUCAGAGCGAAGAAGAACUGUCUCAAUUGAUGGCACUUUGUUUGAGAAGUCAGGAGUUAUCUCAGGUGGAUUAGGAGCUGUUAAAAUAAAAGCUAAACGUUGGGAUUCAAAAAGAAUCGAUCAGCUGAAACAAAAAAGAGAUGAAUACCAAGCAGAGUUAAAAGAAUUACAGGGAGAGCGGCGGAAAGCCCCAGGACUUUCAGAACUAAAAUCUCUCAUUCAGGGUCUUGAAGCAAAAUUAAAAUGGACCAAGCGUGAUAAGGAGACAAUUGAAAAUCAGACAAUGACUCGAAAUGAGCGAGAAAUGGAAGUGAUUAAUUCAAAAAUAGAAGAGAUACUACCUGAUAUAGCAAAUUUCACAGAAUCAAUUAAAAAGCGUGAAAAAGAAGUACAAAAAAUUGAGAAAGAAAAGAAUGUAAUUGAAGAUCAGAUAUUUGCUUCUUUCUGUUUACAAAUUGGUGUUCAAAAUAUCCGACAGUAUGAAGAAACACAGCUUGUUGCACAACAAGAGAAAACUGAAAAAAUGUUGCAAUUUCAAAAACAAGAAGGAAAAUUGCAAAACCAGAUUGAUUAUUUGAAGUCAUGUGACCACACUGAACAAAUGAAAAAACUUGAGAAAAAAAUUAAAGAAAGUGAAGUUGAAAUUGAAAAGUUAAAAAUUGAAGAAAAAAAACUCCUUAAGGAUAUAGAUAUAAAUUUAAAUGAGUUAGACAAGUGGCGACAAGAAAUACAAGUCAUGAAAACUAAUGCUGAGAAAAAGGAUGCAGACAUAAAAGAAGCAAAGAAACUUUUAAAUGUCAUUUUAAAAGAUGAAAGUUCAGUGGAAAAGAAAAAAUCUUUUAAGGAGAGACAAAUAGAAGAGAAACGUAGUGACAGACACAGCCUUCUUAAACAAUGCAAAAUGGAUGAUAUUACUAUUCCGUUUAAAAAAGGUUCUAUGAAUGAUAUAGAAGCUUCUGGAAAUACGUUAAGCCAAACUGAUGAUGAAAUGCAAGGAAGUCAGGGCUCUGUAACAUACAAUAAAGAAAACUCAGUCAUCAUUGAUUAUGCUAAACUCAAAGAUGAAUACAAAAAACUGGCUGAUGAAGUUGAAAUAAAAAAUGUUCAACAAGAACUAACAUCUACAAUCACUUCACUUGAAAGCACAAUUUCGCGCAUUGUUGCACCUAACAUGAAAGCUGUUUCAAGGUUGGAUGAAGUUCAAAAUAGACUUAAGGAAACAAAUGACGAAUUCGAAAAUACGAGGAAGCGAGCAAAAAAAGCUAAAGCUGAGUAUGAGGCAAUACAAAAAGAAAGGUAUGACAAGUUUAUGGAUGCAUUCGAACACGUUUCUCAGAAAAUUGAUGAAAUAUAUAAAGAACUAUCAAACAACUCUAGUGCACAAGCUUUCCUUGGGCCUGAGAAUGGUGAUGAGCCUUAUCUCGAAGGGAUUAGUUAUAAUUGUGUUGCACCAGGUAAAAGAUUUCGACCCAUGGAUAAUUUAUCAGGUGGAGAAAAAACUGUUGCUGCUUUGGCUUUAUUAUUUGCUAUCCACAGUUACCAACCCUCUCCUUUCUUUGUACUUGAUGAAAUAGAUGCUGCUCUUGAUAACACAAACAUUAACAGAGUUGCAAAAUAUAUAAAAAAACAAACUAACGAUCAUUUUCAAUGCAUAGUUAUAUCUUUAAAAGACGAGUUUUAUACUAAAGUUGAUAGUGUAAUUGGGGUGACCGCUGAUCCUGAUAAAGAUUGUACGACGACGAGUACACUUACUCUUGAUUUGACUCAAUUUCCAGAAUCAUAAAUCGAAACGACGUGCAGUCCUUGUAUAGUUUUAUUUUCCACUUGUUUUUAUAUAAAUUUAUAUAAUUGUAAAAA